AAAAAAAAAAAAAAAAAUAGCCGAAAGCAAAAGUCCAAAAAAGGACACGAUUUUCUCGAAGUUAGCCCGAGGGAGACACUAGCUGGCAGAAGAAUAGAAAGCAGAGAAAGUGAGAAGAUGAGAAUGCCGGCAGAGUCGUCGAUAUACUGGGACUCGGUCGGUUCCCAGCGUUCCACUUCCGUUGGUAGCUCCGGGGACGCGUGCAGCUCCGGAAGUGCCAGCAGACACUACGUGGAUCCGUGGGAUCUGGAGAACUAUGCGUACCUGCGACGGCACAGCGUUGCUGGCCUGGCGCAACAGGCGUCGAGACAUCAUCGACGAUCCACCUACCGAUUUCACCAAGAGGCACGCGCUCACUCGGAAUAUUGGUAUUCGUCGUCAGUGAGAGAGCCCGGCUACGUCGCGCCUGCCUUCGUGGAAGAAUUGUAUUGUGGACCAGCUAGACUGGCGAACAAUAGUUGCUACUAUCAUCAGCCAAUCUACGAGGACGAGGUACCGGAUUACGUCGCCCCGUAUCCGGUCUACGCGCCUCUCUCCGACGUGAGACACGGUGAAUUCAUGGAAGACCACAGGCGAUGCAGACACAGAUGCAAAUCUGCCACAUCCAUAAGAGAGUUUAAUAGGUCAAUGAGCGUCGAUCAUAGUCUCCCACCAGUGGACUCCAUUGAAUUGGAUAUGCCAGACUAUCGUUCUCGACACGAAUACCCAUGCAUGGAACAAGAAAAAUACAUGGUACAAAUUAUUCCGCCCCCACAUUUGGACCUAAAUACAUACGGGCAUCUAAAAAUCGACUACACCAACAGUUGGAAUUCUCUUAAUCGAAAGAUCAGUAAAUAAUUUCACUCAUCGUCAAAGGGAUCAAAUUAAUUUAUUUCUACUUUUUAUGCAUAUAUUUUGCAUAUAUUCUGAUACUUACUAAACAUUGUCAAUUAUUUAUGUAAUAUAUAUAUAAACUUAAAA